AUGCGAAAAAUACCAGCUGAUAAACAAGGAAAUCUUCAGCGAAUUUCUGAAAUAUUGCCUAAAUAUUGUGCGGGGAGAUUGUGCGCACUUGACGAAAAAAUCUUUGAUCCUCUAUGCUUAUUAACAGGCGGGAAAUGUGGAAAAAAUAUGGUCUUCAAAACCGUAUAUCGGACUUUACGCAUGGGCAUGUCGAGCAUGUUAUCUUUAACUUUUUGUAUUCAGCAAUGCACUUGCGUCAAUAAAUAUGUGAAAAAAGAUGGACAGUGCAUUAAGCAAAACAGCUUUCCGGUACGAAACGAAACUGAGUUUCGAGCUGAAAUUUUGCCUAAACGCUGUACGGGAAGAGAGUGUGCACUUGACGAAGAGAUUUCUGAUGUUUCAUGUUCCCUAACUGGAAAAAUGUGUGGAACCAAUAUGAUAUUUGAUAAAGUUGGUAAAUCAAACGAAACAAAUGUUCCGUGUUCAUUGACUGGUAAAAUAUGUGGAACCAAUGUAAUUUUUGACAAAGUCAGUAAAUCGUACGGAACAAAUGGUACUAAGAUUUGUGUUCAAAGGUGUACUUAUUUGGAUGAAGAAUACAUCAAGGCAAUUGGUCAAUGCAUCCUUCCUGCGAAAGGAAAAAAAACUACAACACCAAUUUUAACCCAACGAUCUGCCGCCGAAUAUCCACAACUUCCCCUUCUUGAGACUCGCGCAAAUUGCGAAGGGCGAUCCUGCGAGAUUCGCGAACCACUUUGCACACUAACAAGUCGAAAAUGUGGUCAUAAUAUGGUCUACAAAACGUCCGAACGAUUGAUUUACAUCGAUGGUCAUCUUGAAAUAUGCUUUCAACAAUGCAAAUGCAUCAGCGAAGAAUAUAUAGAAAAAGAUGGGCGAUGCAUUAAGAAGGAAAGAAAGGAAAAUGAAACGCAGGUCACAUAA